CGCCUUGUGACGUUGCGGAUGGUUUCCCUGCCGUAGAACAACAUCGAAGAAGAAAAAGGCAGCGGUCGGGAAUCUGAUCGACGUGAGACGGAGAGCGAGGUGUUUUUUGUGUAAAAGUCUCGAAGUUUGGAAGUUGUUUUUUUUCUCCCCCCCAAAGAACGAUGUCGUCUCCCGACGAGCAACUUUGUGGAGCUCGACAACAGGACGACAUUUUCUUGGCUCCGGCUGCGUUGUUGUACACGGAAGACAACCAGAGGCUGACUGGUCGCCGAGAGGAACUUCCCCCCCGGCUGGAAGCAGGGAGCUCCGAUUUGGAGCGGAAGCGUCCACAGCCACCCCGCGGUAAAGAGGAGGAGCCCCAGCACCAACACAUCAAAGAGGAAGAGGAGGAGUUUGACGUCAGCGAGUUGCCACUGAACGUCGUCGUUGUGAAGAGCGAAGAUGAAGAAGACGAAACAUCCGAGUGGUCACAGCCUCACCAUCUCAGUCCAAGGGGAGGACCACCACCACCAGCAGACAACCUGUCAGCUCCACUGUCACAUAGCCAAGAGACAGAAGAACCUUUGACGAGCGAGGCACACUUCGGAGAUGGCCGAGAGGAACCUCCCCCUCAGCUGCCGGCGGGGAGCUCCAGUUUACGUCCGCAGCCCCCUUACACCAAAGAGGAAGCAGAGGAUCCGGAGCUUGUCCACGUUAAAGAGGAAGGGGAGGAGGUUGACGUCAGCACGUUGCCACUGAACGUCGUCGUCGUGAAGAGCGAAUAUGAAGAAGACAAAACACCCGAGUGGUUACAGGUUCACCAUCACUGUCCAAGGGGAGGACCACCACCAGCAGACAACCUGUCAGCUCCACUGCCACAUCGCCAAGACAUGAAAGAACUUUUGAGGAGCAGCACAGACUGCAAAGGUGACAAGAAACGCUUGAAAUGCUCUAUUGGUGGCGAAAGCUUUACCGAGGCAGGUAAGAUUAUGCGCAUAAAAACACACAGCAGCGAUAAAGGUUUUGGCUGUUCUGUUUGCGGGGAAACAUUUGCAGAAAAGGUCGCUUUGAUCGUACACAAAGUAACGCACACGGCAGAAAAUCCUUUCACUUGCUCAGUUUGCGCCAAGGUAUAUUUGAUCAAAGACUAUUUGAAUAAACACAUGAGAACGCAUACAGGAGAAAAACCUCACAGUUGCUCAGUUUGUGGUGAAAGGUUUGCUCACAAGGCCACUUUGAUAGCGCACACAGCGACACACACAGGAGAAAAACCUUUGACUUGCUCUGUUUGUGAUAAAAACUUUUCUUAUAAGUCCGAUUUGAAUAAGCACAUGAGAACACACACAGGAGAAAAACCUUUCACUUGCUCUGUUUGUGAUAAAAGGUUUUCUCAUAAGUCCGAUUUGACUAAGCACAUGAGGACACACACAGGAGAAAAACCCUUUAGUUGCUCAGUUUGUGGUGAAAAAUUUGUUCGCAAGGUCUCUUUAAUUGCGCACACAGCCACGCACACGGGAGAAAAACCUUUCACUUGCUCAAUUUGUGGCGAAACUCUCUCAUAUCGCCACAGUUUGAACGCACACAUGCGGAUGCACACGGGAGAAAAACCAUUUACUUGCUCAGUUUGCAGUGAAAGUUUUGCUCGAAAAGAAAAUAUGGUUGCACACAUGAGAAGACACACGGGAGAAAAACCUUUUACUUGUUCGGUUUGUGGGAAAAACUUUUCUCACAAGUCCGCCAUGAGUAGACACAGGAAGGCACAUGCGGAUGAAAAACCUUUCACUUGCUCAUUUUGCGAUGAGAGCUUUUUGAAGAGGUCCAGUUUGACGGCACACAUGCGUAAACAUAACGGAGAAUAAAUGCUUUCCUCCCAUGUUUGUGCUCAAAGAGGUGGACAUAACAGUCGAUUUCAGCAGUUGUUUAGAAUUGAUCAGUUGUGUGAUGAUUGAAGUGAAAAUGGAAAGCACCAUUCAGGGCAACUUUAAUCUGACCCGUAUUUAUAAAUCCGUUUUAAAAUAAUAGUUAAAAAUCAUAUUUUGGUUUGUAUUGUUUUCUGUUAACUUUACAACACAUUACUAUGUUAUCACAUUGAGUAUUUUGGAGUCUGAUUUGGGUUCUUGUAUUUUAAUUUGUUGUUGUUAUAUUUUGUUUUAUUAAUUGUCAGUCAAAUGCUUUGUUUGUGUGGUCACAAUGUUUGCAAUAAAGAGGA